UAAAAACAGAUCUGAAUCAUUUCUGUGAAAAUUGCAUAGGAAACACAUAGACCUUUACUUGAAUCUUGAAACGUUGAGCUCAUCCUCUAUAAGUAACCAGCGAAAUCAACGCCAGAGAGAGAGCAGAUGAGAAAUCAAUUACAAUUAGCGAUAGCAGAGAGAGAAUGUACGUAACGAGGCCUCUUUCUAUGUACAGAAAUUACUACCCUCCUUCGGCGGCGCCGGCGCCGGAGCCGGAGGGCCCAAACACAGGGGUUCUGGUGAUGGACGAAGAUGAAAUGGUGGAUUUCAGAUGCUGUUUUGGAUUGGUUAACACAAAGUAUGUGAAGAGGGCGGUGGAGGCGCCGCCGUUCCCUCAGAACAAGAUGCUGCAGCUUUCCUAUUCGUAUUCCACAAAUGGAGGCAAGGACAAUCACACAGAUUACUUACGCGCAAUGCUGAUUCCCGUUCUCAAUCAGCCUUUGUCUUCCAACCAAUAUUAUGUCAUCCAAUCCACUGGCAAAGCAAAAGGGUAUUUGCUUCGUUUCUCCUUCCCUUCUGUUCUGCUUCCGAGGAUUUUAUCAAAUCUCCGGACGGGAUUCGUCCAUAUUUCGUUACACACGAGGGCUGGAAAGCUUAUACCACACCCCUUAACAAAAACUUGGAGGCCAUGGAAGAAGCACUCGGCCUCGGACCCGGUGGUGGUGGGGAAGUGGUAUUGCCCUUUCAUUUUCAUUCGGGAUGGGGAGGUCGGGUCUCAGAUGAGCAACUCGCCGUACUACGAAAUGACGCUUCAGCAGAAUUGGGAGGAGAUAUUUGGGUGUGGGAAUUUGGAAGGAGGUGGUGUCGAGAGGGAAGUGGCAGCAAGUUCGACGGGGGUUGGGCUGAGCUUGGCGGUAAAGAGAAGGGCGGAGUAUGAAGGGGUGGUAGAGUGGAGCAGAAUUGGGUGUUAUGUGUUGGUUGAGAGAUUUGUGCUAAAGAGAACGGGAAUUUAGGCGCACACGUCAAAUUAGAACCAAAUGGGAGUGAGAGAACACGUGGAACGGAAGUUGGUCUGAUGAAUGUUAUAAGACUUAAUAUUUGGGCCUUGGUUGUGUUUUAGUUAAUGGGCCGGUGUUGUAUCAUCGAUUGUCUAUGUUUUGAGCCUUAUAUGAAUAAUAGGCUCGCUCGUAGCCUGCAGAUGUGUGCAGCUUUCCCUGAUUCGUCUAUUUACUGUUUACUUCUGACUUCCAUUUUUCCCGUUUAAUAUUGUAUUUGUUACGGAGAAAUCCAAAUAUGUGAAGCAUUUCCAUGAAGUACUAUAUAUAUAUUUU